AUGUUUCAGCCCCUCAUUCCCGUCAAGUUGGAAGGUAACACCAACCCCAAAGAGUUACUGGCCCUAUACAACACCGCCAUGGUUGCGACCGGGGCCAACCAGAAGAUCAUGGCCAAUUGGUUCCCCAGGGAUUUGAAGGGCACUGCCUUGUCAUGGCUGAUGCACUUGCCUAAGGAAUCGAUCGUUUUAUGGGGCGAGCUUUGCAUUCUCUUUGUCAGUGCGUUCCAAGGGGGUUUCAAAUGCCCUGGAGCGCUCAUCCAACUGUACUCCAUUGUCCAGAAGGAGGGCGAGCGGUUGCAUGACUUUAUGUUGCGUUUCUCGCAGAUCGUUCACACCAUUUUGGAAGUUGAAGAUGCUGAUAUCAUUGGCACGCUCACGAUGAAUAUGCGCGACAAGACGACAAGGGAAGAACUCAACAUGCGCCCCGUCAGGAACACCCACGAGCUCUGGGACAUGGCUGACCUCUGCUCUCUGGCGGAGGAAGGACGCCUGGCGCCCGAGGAUGCGGCGCGCAAGGCGGCUACUGGGGUCAGCCCUGGUGUUGCGCCCGAAGAAGGGAGGUUCGCGCAAGCGCGGGCAUCCGCAUGUCCUGGCCGCCGACCUAGUGCUCCGGUCGGGGUAGCUUAG